AUGAAACAAUUUAUUCCCUUGCUUCUCCUCUUGUUGCUUGCUUCUUAUUCCGUCAUCGCAGCAACACAGGAAGAAUCCAUCCAGAUCGGACUCAACGGAGAACAAUCAUCACCAUCAAAUAUUAAAAAAUUAAUUUAUGAAAAUUCCAAAUUUUCCAUCACGGAACAAGAUUGGAUGAGAAAACGAUUGGAAGAACGUUUCCUGCACUAUGUAACAUUUGAUACACAGAGUGAUGCACUUUCUGCUUCUGUUCCGAGCACUGAAAAACAAUUAAUUUUUGCACGGGUUUUACUUGAUGAGUUGAAAGCUUUGAAUUUGCAAGCUGAAAUGGAUCAAUAUGGAAAUGUAUAUGCUGUCUUGCCAGGAAAUGUCGAAAGAAAGACAAAUAUUGGAUUUUUGGCACAUAUGGACACUGCUACAGAGCUUAGUGGAGCAAAUGUCAAGCCAAUUGUUCAUAGAAAUUAUAAGGACGGCAAUGAUUUGGUUGUGAAUGGAAAAACAAUUGUAGAGUAUGCAAUUGAUGGAAAAUCGCUUGCUAAAAUGAUUGGACAUGAUAUUGUGACUGCCAGUGGAGAAACAUUGUUGGGAUCGGAUGACAAAUCAGGAGUUGCUGAAAUGAUGGUUGCUGUUGAAUAUUUAGUGAAUAAUCCAAGUAUUAAACAUGGUGAUAUUAAGAUUGCUUUUACUAUUGAUGAGGAAAUUGGAAGAGGACCACACUAUUUCAAUUUAACCAAGUUUGGUGCUGAUGUUGCUUUUACUGCUGAUGGAGCUGAAGUUGGAACCUAUAAUAUUGAAUCUUUCAGUGCUGAUCUUGUUACCUUGGUUUUCAAAGGAUUUAACAUUCACCCAGGAUAUUCAUAUGGUAGAAUGGUCAACUCUCUCAAAGUCGCUUCUAAAUUUUUGGAUUUGAUAUUUUCAAAUGAUCAAGUUUUAACACCAGAAGUAAGCAAGGACAGACAAGGAUUCAUUCACUGUAUGGAUUUUAAUGGAAAUGUUGACAAGUCAACUAUUAGAUGUUUAUUGAGAGCUUUUGAUGAUGAAGGUUUGGAAAAUUAUCAAAAAAUUAUCAAGGAAAUUGUUGCCAAACUUCAAUCUGAACAUCAAAAUGCAACCAUCGAAACAACUUUCACCAAGCAAUACAGAAAUAUGAGACAAAUCAUUGACAAGUAUCCAUACUUGGAAAAGAGCAUUAUCGAAACCUAUAAGGAAUUGAAUAUUGAGGAAGUUAAGCAAGUUUCUAUUAGAGGAGGAACUGACGGUUCUCAAUUGAGUUGGAUGGGUCUUCCAACUGCUAACAUUUUCGCAGGUGGCCACAAUUUCCACUCAACUAGCGAAUUCGUUUCACUUCAUGACAUGUCCCUUGCCUCUCAAGUUAUCAUUCUCCUUGCCCAGCAAGAUUAUUGAAAUUAAUUAUUUAUUCAAAUAAAGUAAGGAAUAUCUUUCUGAAGGAUUUGUAACGC